AUGAAAUGCAUAGACUACCAGGAGCAGUUGGUAUACCCGUGUGUUAAGGGGUCAGGGUACUCGGGCAUGGUGCGCGCUCGUCGCUGUCAUCAUAACACCGACGCUCUCAUUGUUGGUGGAUCAGAUGCUGCUAAGAGAGAGUUUCCUCAUAUGGUUCUACUCGGCUUCGGAAGUAGUCCAGCAGAAGCGACGUGGGAUUGCGGCGGUACCCUCAUCAGUGAAUGGUACAUUCUCACCGCUGGACAUUGUACUUCUUCAAAUCGCGUACUUGUAAGUUAUGCACGUUUAGGAGUUCUAGAUAAGAGACAACUUGACAACAGCCAACUCUACAAGAUACAAAAUAUAAUUAAACAUCCAGAAUAUAAAUCACCAUCCAAAUAUAAUGAUAUCGCACUACUGAAGACUGCAAUAGAAAUGAAGUUAAGUCAUGAGGCGGUGCCGGCAUGUCUUCCUGUGGACACUGUGUCUGAUGAGAAAGCAGUUGCCACGGGCUGGGGCGCCACACGCAACAAGGGAGACAACUCUGAUCUACUAGAGAAGGUAACAUUGACCAAGUUCUCGGAGCGGGAAUGUUCAUCUUCACAUCGUCCGCAGAGGAAACUGGAGCGAGGCUUUGACGCUAACACACAGAUCUGCUACGGGGACAAGUAUCAGUCCAAAGAUACGUGUCAGGGCGACAGUGGAGGACCUCUACAAGUGAAGAAUCCGCACAUAAACUGUAUGUACACAGUUAUUGGUGUGACGUCAUUCGGCAGCGGUUGUGGUACAGUCGGUCUGCCCGGAGUUUACACCAAGGUCACUGCUUAUGUGUCCUGGAUAGAGGGCAUCGUGUGGCCAUAG